AUGUCCCUGAGCAAAAUAACAAGUCGGGUCUCGAGGACCGUGCUGACUCAGUGCCGCAACUCAGCGCUCCUCCUCGGCCGCCAUGAAAGCUAUCUCUUGCAAAAUGCAUCCAAUAGAUUAUUUUCCUCUCGUGGGCUAAGUGAUAAGGUGGUUCCUGGUCAGGUUUCAUUGCUACACCAUUCAUCACUGAAAUCUUCAGGCUUUCAGUGUUUUGGGUUCUCUUCCUCUGCAACUUCGCAGCCUGAUGAGAAAGUGACAGCCCAGUCUACAAAUGAACAGGAAAAUAAGGAGACAGGCAAUGAAGCUGCUGCUGAUGAUACACCUCAAGCUGAAGUGGACGAGUCAGAUCCACACAUUAGUACGUCCGGGACUCCUAAUAGGAAAAGAGGUGCUAAACGAGUUGCGUUUUCUGACUCUGAUUCUGACACAGAUUUGGAAUCUGACCUCUCGAGAGAUGACCUGGUGAAGCUCGUGUCCGAGAAGGAUCAGCUUUUGGCCGUAAAGCAGGAAGAGCUGAAGCAGGUGAAGGAUACAGCCAUGCGGGCAUUGGCUGAGAUGGAAAAUACAAAGGAGCGCACUAUACGCGAAGCUGACAGUUUCAAGAAGUUUGCUAUUCAGAAAUUUGCUGAAAGCCUUUUGGAUGUAGCGGAUAACUUGGGUCGGGCUUCUUCAGCUGCAAAAGAGAGUUUCUCAAAAGUUGAUGUGUCUAAGGAUGCAUCUGGAGCCACUCAACAGCUCAAAACACUCCUCGAAGGUGUUGAAAUGACGGAAAAACAACUGAAUGAGGUAUUUAAAAAGUUUGGGCUAGAGAAAUAUGAUCCCAUUGAUGAAGAAUUCGAUCCGAACAGGCAUAAUGCCGUGUUCCAAGUCCCAGCUGCCUCCAAGCCAGCUGAUCGAGUUGCAGUUGUUCUAAAGGCUGGAUACAUUCUGCACGACCGAGUUAUAAGGCCAGCUGAAGUUGGUGUGACGGUGGUGGCAAACAAUGAGGAUGGUGAAAAGGUGUCUGAGGACUGA